CAGUUCCCCUCUUCGCCCGAUCAGCGCCGCCGCCCCUCGCUGAAGCACACACCAAGCAAGGACGGAGCCACCUCGUUCUCGUUCUCGUUCUCGCUGCUACUUUGGUGCCCUGCCGCCAAGUUCAGGAAACAUGGAAGACAAGCUUCAAAAUCUCAACAUAACCUCAGAUGUGCCCGGAAAGAUGGACGACACCAAGGUGGAAACAGACCCCGAUGCCAUAUUUGAAGGGGACUAUCUAGAUGAUGAUGAGGACCUGGAGCCUGAAGUAACCAUAGGUUUCUUGGAGAAACCAAAGGAACGGCAUUCUCUCCUCCCCCAACACUUCCCCAGUAAAGCUGGCGGUGCCCCGGCCUGGCUCGAUCCUGUCAAUCUGCCAUCUGGAAAAUCCAGUUGCUGCGACUUCUGUGGUGACCCUCUGCGUUUUGUCCUGCAGCUCUACGUACCAGAUGGGUGGAAGGAGACGACCUACCACCGUGCAUUCUUUGUGUUCAUGUGUCCAUCCAUGUCAUGCUUACAACUAGACCAGCGUGAGCAGGGGAAGGACAGGGCAGAAAAUCCUAGAAGGAGUGUGAAGGUCUUCAGGUGCCAGCUGCCCAGGAUUAAUGCAUUUUAUGCAGCUGAAGAGCCUAAGGGGUGCAUGGGAUCACAAUGUUCAGGAGCAUUCCGUGCUCAGCUUUGCGAUUGGUGUGGUACAUGGAAAGGUAAAAUUUUGUGCAGCCACUGUAGGGAAGCAAGCUACUGUUCUAGGAAGCAUCAGGAAUUGCAUUGGCGCACUAGUCACGAGAACGACUGCUGUCAAAUACCAGGUUCACCUGAUGCUUCUAUUCUGCCAGACGCAGGGAAAGUAUUUCCUUGGCACGCGUGGCCUGAAUAUGUGAUGGAUCAUGAACCCGAGCUUCCAUGUUUGACUAGUUCUGUCAAGGAUAAUUCAAAACUGAUGGUGGUAGAAGAAGUCGAACCAGAUGCCAUGGUGCAGUUAUUCAUGGAUCAUUUUGAGGCUGAUGAUGACAAUACAUUCUGGGCAUCUUUCACAGACCGUGUUUCAAGACAGCCUCAAGUCUUGAGGUACUGUGCGGAAAAAGGGGCAAAACCUCUUUGGGCAGUAUCAACUGGGUCUCUGACUGAUACCCCUUUGUGCAUCUAUUGUAAUGGCCCACUUGGCUAUGAAUUUCAGCUAAUGUCUCAACUGCUCUAUUACUUCCGUGUGGAAAAUGAACGAGACCCCGUUGACUGGGCAACAAUAGUUGUGUACACAUGUCGAGAAUCAUGUGAUAAAAGUGUUAGCUACAAGGAAGAAUAUGUACGUGUUCAGUUCUCUCCACCUACAAGGAGAACGUAUCGCAGUACUCCUUAGCCAGCAGGUGUUGAGCGCUUCAUCUCUUGGAGAUAUGAAUCGUGGAAGGAUGCUCAGAAUAGAAGGCAGUGUGUUCACCAAACUUUUGUAACUGCCAUAUACGUGGAGUUAUUGCCUGAUAUGGACGGUUAUCUGCAUGACUGCAUAGCCAUAUAAUUAGUCCAUGCUUUUUUUGUGUUGCUGUUUUGAGGAGGAAAAGGAAGUUUGUUUUAUUCAUUCAUCAAGUUCAAAGGGAAACAUCAGGCGUAUCUAAAAACUAGACAUGAUGGCAUACAUGCAGGGAAACAGGUGCCUUUUACAAGUUAAUGUGCAUCCCGGUUCGACUCCAUAUUUUAACUUAUCAAA